AGCUAAACAGUUAUAAGUAAUGUGACCUGGGUUGGCACUGCCCUUCGGAAACCCUGACACCCAGCAGAAGCACCGAAGGUAGGAGCACAACAGACUCAUUGGGAGGAAAGAGAAGAAUCAUGAAGACGUGGAUUGGUUUAACACUUCUGCUCCUGGCUUUGCCAUCCGUUUUCCCCUCUGUGUGUAAGAAAGAAGGCACAAAUCUUUUUAAUUAUGGGCCAGCUUUUAAUGACCUAACAACUCCAGAAGAGGAUGACGGUGCGACGGAUGAAAUCGCCUUACUCCAUUCAUUCACUUUCUUUGGGGAGACACACCGAUCUUGUUACGUAAACAACAAUGGUGCAAUUUCCUUUAGAAAACCAGUCGCUGAUUACACCCCUGAUGCCUUCCCCCUGGAGGAUUUAUGUAUGAUCUGUCCUUAUUGGGGGGACGUCGAUAACGAAGACGAGGAAGAUGCUUACGUUUACUACAGGCAGAUCGUCGAGGAAGAUUUCCUAGAGUGCGCAGGUCAAGAGAUCAAAAGGCAUUUUGAAGAUAUGGAAAAUUAUGAACCUGCCUGGAUGUUUCUUGUAACCUGGCACAACGUACCUUAUCAUGGAAGCGAAUCAAACAGGACAAACACCUUCCAGUGUCUGCUGGCCUCCGACAAGUACCAGAGGUCUGUUGUCCUUUUCCUGUAUGACAAAAUUACGUGGACAACGGGCACCGCCAGUGGUGGAGAUCCUAAGACCGGUCUUGGGGGCAUCCCCGCUCAGGCUGGAUUCAAUACAGGAAAGGAAUACUUUAAUAUGCCAUCAUCUAGAACACAGUAUAUGAUAAACAUCAUAUCCACCAGCAACGUUGGAUGUCCAGGAGUGUGGGUCUUUCGUGUUGAUGACUUCAGGGUGCCUGGUGGCUGCAUAUACAAAGACAGCUUCUUGAAUCGGGGACAGACUGUGUGGAUGGACGACGUCUGCUCAAAUAAAUGUUCUUGCAGGCAUAAUGGGAAAGUCGAGUGUGAAAAUAAAGGAUGUGAAGACGAUCUCGUCUGUCUGCCCGCCGGACGCAACUACUUAUGCCAGAUCAACGAAGAAGAUUGUUAGGUCUCCCAGGCGUCUAGAGGCGGGGACCCUUCUCAAGGCCAAAGACCUUCAUUUUUGCUCUCCUCUCUUCUUCAGUUAAUUAUCUUUCUUAGACAGCAUUGUAAACGUAGAAGAGAGACUCAAUCAUGUCACUGCACACUGCUUCGCUUUCUUGGGCAAAAGAUUUUAGAUGGAAAUUGGCUAUACACUG